UUUUUUGAAAAAUAUGCAAAGAUGAAAAAUAAAUAAAGCAUCUCCCCACUACAAAAAAAAAGUGCCCUGUAUUUUAGGACAGGGUCCUCUGGGUCUGACUGACCCCAUUUCUUAAUUAGGCAAGACCUCCCCAAAAAAUAAAAAAACCCAAAAAAAGAGAAAAAGAAAAAGAAAAUCGGUGGGAUUUGUUGUGUCGGUGAAUUUGGAUUUAUUUCGGGGAAUAAAAUGUUUUAGUUUGUUGGGUUUCAGAGACGUGGAAGCCUACCCAGAUACAACCUUAGUGGCCAAGGAGCAUGCAAAAAACCCCCUCCCACCUUUCUCUCUCUCUCUCUUUCUCUCCCUCUCUUCCAAAAAGCAGAGCACCCCUUUCGCACUCUCAGACCGACAUCAACAAUUGAAGGAGAACAAUUGAAGAUGGAGGGCGGCGGCGGAGAGGCGGUGAAUAGGAAGAGAGCUGGGGUGGACAACGACAAGCCGUACAAGGGGAUACGGAUGAGAAAGUGGGGCAAGUGGGUGGCCGAGAUUCGAGAACCCAACAAGCGCUCUAGAAUCUGGCUUGGUUCCUACUCCACUCCCGUCGCCGCCGCUCGGGCGUACGACACGGCAGUUUUUUACUUGCGGGGCCCCUCCGCGCGGCUCAAUUUUCCAGAGGCUUUGCCGGUCGAAGGUGGCUGCGGGUGCGGUGACAUGUCGGCAGCUUUGAUACGCAAGCGGGCCACCGAGGUCGGAGCCCGGGUAGACGCGGUCGAGACGGCUCUGCGACACCACCGCGGUUCGGCGGCAGGGAACGGAGACGGCGAUGAGAUUAAGCCCUGCUUCGCCGGAUGCGUGGAUCGGGUCGACCUGAACAAGAUGCCCGACCCGGAGAAUUCGGAAGGGGAGGUAUGUGACUGCUGAAGCAAUGAUGAAGCUUUCGUCCUGGUCCUGGAAAUUAGAAUUUCGCCUACUGUAUCUCUUUUUUUUUUUUCAGAAAAUUUUUGCUUUGGAUGGAGAAAUUUUGGCCCUUUAUAAAAACCUGAUGUAAGAUGUAAAUUAUGCUACGAAUUAGCUUAAUUUCCCCCUUUUUCUGUAUUUA